UUGGAUACCCAGCAGUUUCGCUGAGAAACAUCAACACAGUAACCCGGGAAAGGACACCUCGGAGGCGGGUAGCGAGGUUUCUCUUUAGGGACCUCACAGCUGAUCUGGAUAUCUUGUCACACAGACACACACCAACCCGAAAACAAUGGGUGAAUGUCGUUAGAAAAAGUUGCUAUCUUAGUUAGCUAACAUCGGUUUGCUAACGUUAGCCGGCUAAUGCUAACGUUAGCAAACAGCUGAAACUGAAGAAGAAGUCCGAAGAAGUUUGGAUUGUAUUAUCCUUUUAUUAUCAUGAGGAGGGCAGCAUGAAUCUGGACAUCUAGAUACAUCGAUUCCUUUCAUCGUAGGUGAAUGAGAGCGAUGAGGAGCAGCAGGAGGACGGAGGUGUCCGCUCAGCAGCUUACUGAUCACACGAUUGGCACAGAGCUGACAAGUGCAUGGAAGAGUUUAUCUCAGUCCAAAGCUGCUUUGCGGCAUAUAGAAAACCGCCUGGAAGCCGCUCCAGGUACAGGUGUUCUCCUGGACUCGGUCAUGGACCCCCCCAAGAAGAAAUCCUCCAGGACGGUGCGCUGCAGAGAUGGACAACAAGCUGACGGCACCGCGGGAUCUUCGAAGCACCGGGGGCGGAGUCAGCAGAGCCCAGAGAAGAGCAGCUCUCGUAGCCCGCUGAGGAACGCCACGCAGGACAGCAACGUGCGCCGGAACAACAGCGUGGAGUUCAGGGAGCCGCUGGCCUCCUACAGAGAGGCCACCCCUCCACCACACCCCCCCUCUCAGCUGGAGGCCUACAGCCUGCAGUCCUCGCACCCCUCCACCACCCCCCCUCCCUCAGAUCCCCUGCUCAGCCAGAUGGUGUACCAGAGAGAUACCAGGGACUCCCAGACGGACCGGGACCUGGACAGCACUCGCUCCUCGGCUCUGGAGAGCACAGAGGUCCGAUACCUCAACGACCAGCCGGCCCUGGACUCCAUGAGGCCCGCUGGGGUCCGGGUCUCUGCGUGGCAGCAAGACGGCACUCCCAAUGCACAACCGGGCAUGGAGGGCCAGGAGUCGAGUUUAGCUCCAGGUUCCGCACACCGAGAGGAGAGCACCCCCUCGUCAAGCCCCGGGUCGGCCUCCCAGCGGCUGGAGAACCUCCGGCGGCACCAGCCUGACGACAAGCUGGAGAAACUCAAAGAGCGCAUCCGCAGGCAGAGGCAACAUCUGGAGGAGGCUGCAGAGAGAGAGAAGCUGCUGUUCAGCUUGGAGCAACCCGAGGCUGCCGCUGUGGGGAGCAGCAACACGCACACGGUUAUUACACGGAAAGUAGCAGCUGCUCCGCCCGCACCCAUGUACAAAGGUUUCAACAGCACUGAGACUAAGAUCCAGACUCCUGAUGGGAAGGUCUGGAAGGAGGAGGAGUUUCACAACCUCAGCAGGGAGAUAUACAGAGACCUGUCCCGACAGUUUGCUGAGAGCACCAGAUCCAGACAGCAGCAGCAGAGGGAACAGAGAGCAGACCGGUCCAGAGAGAGGAGGCCCCCCAAACCCGUGAGGAAGGUCCACAGAGCGGCCCCUUCCUCUGAGCUGACCGCAAAACCAGUGAUCAGCCCUGCGUCGUGGCGGGAGGGCCAGAAGCUGGUGAAGAUGGUUCUUGGUCCGGUUCCCAAGCUGCUGCUCAGAGAGGAGGACCGGCCGCUGCCAGCUGACAGACUGAGCAGAACAGCUUCCCGCCACCGCUCCUCUUCAGACCCGCGCUCAGAAUCAAACUCCCGGAUCCGACCGAGCAGCACAGAGAGGCCCCGUGGUGGCUCCAAAUCCAAAAGGCGCACCACAGCCACCCCCACCCCCACGGAGCGGGAGCAGCCCCCGUGCGUCGGUACAGACCUCCUGUCAGCGGACAUCCAGGGGAUCCUCGAUGACCUGCAGCUGGAGUGCAAAGCAGCAGAGCGGGAGGAGAGGGCGCGGCAGAGGGCCCGGGGAGGGGGUCGCAGAGGCAGAGGAGGGUCCGGCUCUCGAACCAGGGCUCCUGUCUCCGCUUGGGGGGCCACAACUGGAAGCUCCUCGAGAGGAUGCCGCAGCGCCAGCCCAACCUCAACACAGAACCCCGAUUCGGGGCCCAAAAAGAGACACUACGACGCAGACUCCGUGCGGCAGUACAUCACCCGGCAACAGGAGGAGAGGAAGAGGAGGCAGGCGGAGGAGAAGAGGGCGCUGAGGGAGGAGGCGGACCGGAGGAACCAGAGGCUGCAGGAGCUCUACAGGAAGCAGAGGGAGGCGGUUAUAACAGCUCCCUUUGAGGUUCCUGUGGCCCCUGUGCAGAGCAGACUACAGGAGACCUACGACAAACUGCUGCUGGAGGAGAGCCGGCUGGGGGGGGAGGCGCAGACCCAUCCGGCUGCUGCUGCUAUUCACAUGAGGCCGAUGUACCAGCCCUCAGGAGAGUCGGACAAGGAGAACAAGGGACUGGAGGCCCCUCAGAGCCCCUCCAGCAGCGACAGGUCUCUGAAUGACCAGCAUCCUCCUCCUUUAUCCAGGAACGAUCUGGAUACCGGACUUGCUUCUCUGCUGCAGCCCGAGCGUCUGAGUCCGGCAGUGCGACCCGGCCCCGGCGGCAGCACCAUGGCCCCUUACGGAGAGCAUCUCCUGUCCCAUCUGCUCAGGAUGGAGACAGCAGUGAAGCAGCGUCCGCCCACAUCUCCCUCCAUCAGGCCGCACUCUAAGAUGUCCCGCAUCGAAGCCCUGAAGGCCACUGCAGCUUCCCUCUCCAACCGCAUCGAGAGCGAGGCACGGAAGAUCGCCGGGGAGGGGGUCAACUACGGUGCAGAAACCUCCAUGGAUAUUAUACGACCCUCUGAAGCUCCUGAUGCAGGAAGCUGGGUAGAGACAGCGAAUAACGAUGACCUGGCGUCGAGGAUCCAGAUGAUUUUGACGAGCACGGGUCACACUUCAUUCAAUGGCUCGCCUCUCCCAGGAGCGGGAAAUCUACAUGCACUCAGGGCACAGAAAGACAAGAGGGGUACACACACCUAUUCAAACAAUCCACACACACCUGCAGAUGAGACGGGUUACACUCACGAGAGAAGGAGGCUGGUCAACGGCUUGGAGAAGGUUGACAGAAUGGAUGUAGGAGAACCAAGAAGAGGAGUGACGGAGGAUCAGAAUCGGACAGACCAUCACGACUCCAGUGCCGGGUCCAUCAGCGAGGGUCCUCUGCUGAGUGAAGGGAGUUUCUCUGAGGAAGAUGUGAGUCCCCCUCACCCCUCACACAGUCGUGUUCCCAGACCAGCUGAGCGCCUGGAGGCUGCGGAGUACUGUGCAGCUCAGAGGAAGGACUACCAGAGGCUGUCGGAGUUCCAGAGGGAGGCAGCCCGGUGCUCGGCCCUCAGCUUCCCUCAGCACGAUGGCAGCAAGGCACCCUGGGAGGAGCUGAGCAAAGGAAGCCCUCUGAGCGUCAUCAACAUCUACACCAAGAAUCUCCAGGAAGAGUUACAGGUGAGGAGUGAGAGGAACUCCCCCUCUGCUCUCUCCCCUCCCUCUGCUAACGGCCCUGUAGACGCAGCCGUGUACGAAGACGACUUUGUGUCCUUGCACAGCAGUGGAGCCAGUGCCGCGCUCAAGAGAGGCUCCAACUCACGCAGUGUGAACAGUCACUUUGAGGAGCUGAUGAGGAGGUCACCAGGAGGCAUCAGCUCCCAGCAUUCAUCCUUUCACUCGUCUAUUCACUCCCCACAUCUCUCCACCGGAUCAACCCCGGCUUCCUCCAAGCACUCCGCCAGAAGAAGGGGCACCGCAUCAGACCACAGCGAUGCCACUCUGGUGGAGGAUCACAGGAGCUCCGGCUCUCCUCCAUCGGACGCCGUAUCCGCCGACUCCAGGAGGAGAGGCUCGGACAAAAGCUCUCCCAACAGCCAGGCCAGGAGCGUCCGCUCUAACGACGCUGCGGGGGAGACUCCAGAGCUUUCAAGCCACAGUCAGAAGUCUUCAGCGAUCAGACACAGACAGGCGUCUCCGUCCUCCGGGUCUCCGUCCUCCGGCUCUCCCCCAGGAGGAAGCUCUCCCAGUGAGGCUGUGAGGAGCGGCUCUCUGGAGGGGAAUAACCCAAACACCUCCGCGCGCCCGGGUAGAGCCGAGACCACAGUCGACCUGCAGUACUCCCCCGCCGCCCUGCAGCAGCGCAUGGCCGCCGAGCUACAGUACCUGGAGUCCAUCGAGGAGUCGGUGCGUCAGCUGGGAGACGUGGAGCGGGUGAUGGGCGUGUCCAUGGCCCAGCAGGAGAGCGUCUCAUUGGCCCAGAUGCUCAAGGCCCGGCAGCAGUCUCACGCUCGAGACCUCUACGAGCUGAAGAUCAAAGCUGAGAGGGAAGCUCUGGAGACACAGCUACAGCUGGAGGAGAACCGGCAGAGAGUGGCCAGGGCUCAUAUUGAACUGCAGGAAAACCUGGCGACGAAUCAGAAGGAGACGUUGGAGGGCCUCCAGGAGGCCACUAAAGAGAUGAUGAGUCAGCAGGCGGAGGCGACGCGCUACACGGCCGACACCGCCCGACACAUCCGAGAGAUGGCAGAGUUGGCGCGCUCGCAGAUAGCGGAGGUUCUGGCUCCUCAUGAUGUUUCUGACUCAGAACAGCAGAGCUCCCACUCAAAGCAGCGGCAGGAGUCUGACAGCUUCACUAGUGAGGUGUCCAACAGGAGGACCAGACCGGAGGAGACCCUGUCCUCCCUGAACAGCCUCAGUCACUCUGACUCUCUGUCCUUCAGGAGACCAAACAUCAGUGGAGCCGACUCCAGCAGCAUCCACAGCCCGUCACAUGCGUCGCCCGAUCACAGAGACAGAGACCGCGAAGAAGGAUGCAGGAGAAGGGAAGAGAGGAAGGAGAGGGAGGUGGGCAGCAGCUCCAUAGAGGAGGAGGUUCAUACAGCAGCCAAUGACUCCCUCUGCAGCGACAGCAUCCCCUCUGUAGUGGAGGACAAAGGAGACACUACGUCCAUUGCAACCGAGUACUCUCUGAAGUUUGACGAGUCGAUGACGGAGGACGAGAUCGAGGAGCGCUCGUUCCGCUCUCUGCUGCCCUCCGAGGCGCACCGCCGGGGAACCAUGGAGAAGAUGCCCCGCCCCCACGACGAGUCAGAGGACGAUGGAGCCAAUCACAACACCACAGUGGUUUCAGGGGCUCAUCACGUCUUAAAGCCUCAGGAUGCCAGCAUGUCCUUCGCCGGCGGGCAGGACAGCUUCUCCCAGUUCACCAUGGACAUGGUGCGUCAGUACAUGAAGGACGAGGAGGUGCGGCUGCAGCACCAGAGCUCCCUGCUGCACCUCCGGCAGAAGGCCGUCAAAGAGAAGACCAAGGCGGAGCUGGCCUGGCUGGAGCACCAGAAGAAGAGGCUGAGGGACAAAGGAGAGGACGACAAGAUGCCCCCCAUCAGGAAGAAGCAGAGGGGCCUCCUGAUGAAGCUACAGCAGGAGCAGGCAGAGAUCAAGAGGCUUCAGGAGGCCAACAGAGCGGCCAGGAAGGAGGGGCAGCUGUUGCUGAAGCAGCAGGAGGAGAUUGAGCGGAUGAGGAACUCUACCCUCCGCCUGAAGGAGCGUCUCAAGAGUGCCGGGGGGGAAACGCCACCUGAGACCCCCGUGUCAGAGACCCCCGUCUCCGAAGCAGCCUCCCCCAACACGAGGCGCGCUGAAGACGUACGCAGCGCCUCCCCCCCGCUCUCCAUAUCUGGAAGUGAGACGAGCAGCAUCAUGCAGAAGCUCAAGAAGAUGCGCUCACACACGGAUGAGAAACUCUGCUCUCCUGUCCACUGCUUCUUCUCUGUGCUCACGGCUCACCACUGGGCCUCCCUCAGUGUCUGUCUUCCCAACCUCCACCCUAAAUUCCAGCUCUUUAUCUACAACCAUUUGGUCAGGUUCCUGACGAAGCGGGAGCAGCAGCUGAUGCAGAGGCGGCACCAUGCGGAGGAGCUGCUGCAGUGGAAGCAGCGUCUGGACCGGGAGGAGGCCGAGGUCCGGAGGAUGGAGAAGGAGGCGCUGGCUUUAUGGGACAGACAGGCCUCACGGGACGAGGCGAAGAGUCAGGAAAAAGAGGUGUCUGACAUCAGCCAGAGUCACCGCCAAAGCUCGGAGCCCAGAACUGACAGCGAGAAAGAGUAUGUCAGUGAUGGUUUCUCAGUGACUCCUGAGUCCAGUAUCCACACAGAGGGACCGGAGGCCCCUCAAACAGGAAGUCCAGCUUCAGCUCCACCUGCUUCAAACCCUGAAACACCGUCAGUAGCCUCGGUGCGCAGCAGCCCUGCAGACUACAGCCAGGACUUCACUUCCCCCAGCAGACAGUCUCUGAGAGGAAGCCUCACCCCCGCAGCCUCUCAUUCACACGGCAGCAAGAUGCAGCUCCGAGCCUCCAACCGGACCCCCAACCAGGAACCCCUCCCACACAAGCACACUGAACACAUUUCAGACCAGAGUGACAUAGAGAGCCGGAUCCGGGGUCUGAAGGAGGAAGUCCGGAAGAGGAAGUUCAUGGCCCACCAGCUGAAGAGGGAGCAGAAGAAGAGACACAAGGAGCACCUGAAGGCGCAGGAGGCCAGCCUGCUCAAGCAGCUGGAGAGCUACAACAACUUCAUCGAGAAAACUAAAGCAGAGCUGAACAAGAAGCCGGACUCAACGCCUGAUAACUCUCAGAUCAAAGACUCAAUCGCUGAGCCGCCCAGCAUCAAAACGCCUGCUGACCGGUCUGAAGCCGGCAUCCUCUCUGGAAGGACGCACGUCGAUGCUUCAUUAGAACACAAUGCCGUCCCUCAGCCCGAUCUCAGCAGAUCCACCUCGGUGCCUGAAGAGUUGUCCGAUGAAGACCCUCGGACCGUCACUCCCACCCCGGUGCACGGCAGCCCUCAGAGGUCCUAUGAAGAACCGGAGGUGAUAGUGAGCUCCAGGUUUGAGGAUCGACCGUCUGAACCUGGCUCCAAAGAGAAGUUUUCUACAUCUGUAAUCCUAGAAGGAGAUAAACAGUUAAACACGAGGGAAACAUCUGAAGCUCAGAAAGCAGAGGACCUCGAUCUGAACGACAGACCCAGUGACUCCUCCUCACAGAAGGACGUGGAAGCUUCUUCUCCCAGAGCACACGGUUACCACGAUGACUUUGAGUCUUCAGCUGAUUCUUCUCCCAGGGAUCUCAGCUCCAAACCUGCCUCUCAAAUCCCCAGAAGGGACUCCCCACCUGAGAGCCAGGACGAGGAGGAGGUGGAGGAGGAAAUAGCAGAAGAACUGAGUCACCGCUCAGGGACGAGUGGAUCCAGCCACCACUCUGUGAGACUGCUGGAUUUCCAGAACAAUGCAGAAGACUCCAAUCAUGUAACCUGUCCUGCCUCUCCUGUCAGAGAUGAGAUGCUGAGUUUUAACAUCGGAGAUCGAGUUCUGGUGGGAGGUGUGCAGCCGGGCACGCUGAGGUUCAAAGGGCCGACCAGCUUCGCUAACGGCUACUGGGCCGGAGUGGAGCUAGACAAGUCCGAGGGCAGCAACAACGGCACCUACGACGGCGUGGUGUACUUCGAAUGCGACAAGAGCCACGGGAUCUUCGCUCCUCCGGAUAAAAUCUCACACCUGCCGGACAAGUUUGAGAUCGACGCCGACACCACGGAGGACGAGGACUCCUUCUGCGACAGCCUGUCGGAGAAAGGGGAUAAAAAAGAGGAGCGGGAAUCACACAAACAAUGGAAUGAAAAUGAAUCUAAUAAGGUCUUUAACUCUGGAGAUAAAAAGGUGACGGAUGAAUCGAACAAUAAUGUCAAAGAAUCCAAGCAUCCUGUUCCUAAUGGCAGGGACAUUAUGCUGGAGAUUAAAGAUGCUCCCACCACCCUCCUCAUCUCUGAUAUCGACCUGGGGAAGCAGAGACAGAAGGAGAUCACCCCCCGUGUUGAGAGGGAAGAGGUCGACUCACAUGAGGUGAAUCUGUCCUCAGACAUCCGGGCUGACGAGGGGAAACGGAAAGCCCGCCUGGACUCGCUCGCAGACCACCUCCUCAACAACUGCAUGAGAGACACCGUGGCGCAGUUUGCUGAAAUUAAAAGGGCUAAAGAGCAGAAGAUCGACACCGCCAAUCAGAUGAACGGAGAGCUGGUUGGGGAGAGAGUUGAUCAGGAAGAAGAGGACUGGUUCCCCUCCGUGCAGCAGAAGGACGGACUGCCCUUCUUCCUGCCUUCAGAGAAAGAGGAGCUGACUUCUCCGGAGCUGUGCAACCAACCUGAGAGUCCGGUGCUGGGGGUCAGCGGGCAGGAGGAGCUGGCGAAGCGCCUGGCAGAGCUCGAGCUGAGCCGGGGGCUGCUGGAGGACCUGGGCGACGACCAGGACUGGUUCGAUGAGGACUUUGGCCUCAGCUCCCGCAAAGAACAACAGAGACUCAAACAGAGGGAGGAAGAGGAGGAGGAGAGGCUGGGCAGGUCCUCAUCAUCUGCUGCAUCCCUGGGGGGGUUGAUCUCAUCCUCAGGGGGAGAGCAGCAGGUUAAGAUCCCACCCAGACCUGAGCUUCCUCUCCCCCUGCCCCCCAAACUCCCCGAGCAGCCCGCCAUGGUGGUGCCUCACUCCGCCACCGAGGUGGAGAAGAUGGUGCACGCCGCCACUCAGGAGAUCUGGGAGAGCUGUGGCCUGGGGAGGGAGGGGGGGGCACGGACCCUCGCACAGCUGCCCACCCCCCAACCCUCACAGGAGUAUCUGGGGAAGGAGGCUGACAGCCAGGAGCUGGAGGCGCUCUGCAUCCACAGCUACAGAAAGGCGGUGUUCGACCUGACGUGGGAGAUGCUCCAGGAAAUUUACGCCGAGGAGCCGAACUCCGAUCAGCCUCAGUGGGUCAAACCACAGAGGGUCAGGUCCUCCUUCUUCCACAGAGUCAAAACCACAGGAGACCUCAGCAAGAUCCAGGACUUCAUCUCAGCUGAGGUCCUGAAAGUGUACGGGCUGACCAAAGACCACAGCCUGAAGACGGACUGGCAGAAGAUGCUCAAGUUCGGCAAAAAGAAGCGAGACAGAGUCGACCACAUUCUGGUCCAGGAGCUCCACGAGGAGGAGGCUCAGUGGGUGAACUACGACGAGGACGAACUGUUCGUGAAGAUGCAGCUUGCCGACAGCAUCUUCGACGCCCUGCUGAAGGACACCGCCAACACGCUGACGCUAAUCUACGACAAGAGGGCCAAGAGAGGGAACUCCCAACCCCCGUCCCCCUCCUGACAGACCUAAAAACUACAACCUCUCCCCGUCUUCCACCAGCUGACGUGCCAACAGUGACCCUCAGAUGCCUUCGACCCCUCGUUACCUCUCGGCUCAACUCUCCAGACAGCUGGAUUUUCCCUCAGCUAACCCUUUUAUAAUCACUAACACACACACACACACACACACACACACACACACACACACACACACACACACACACACACACACACACACACACACACACACACACACACACACACACCGCCUCUCGAGAAACCCAGCCUUCUGUCACCUGAACACACACCUUGUCUUGCCUCCUUUUUCCGAGCGCCGGCUGGAGAGAAUAAGACGGACCGUACCAUUUGUAACGUAACGUCCAUCAGUGCUGCUAAACUGCUCGUUCCAGAGGGGAUAUAAACCCACCUGGAAUCUGUAAGUAGAUAUAAAUAUAUAAACUGUAUAUAUGGAUUCACAGAGUAGCAGAGAAUAUACGGGGAGGAGUUGGAACUGUGACAGGGUCUUCACAUCCAGCCUCUUCUUUAAAGGGUCUGCCUUAAAUUAAAAUAGGAUCUCUGUAAGACUCGGACGUUACAGCCGUCUUUACUUCUCGAUUGUUUGAGACUUUCUACUGGUUUUGAGGUACUAAAAAAACAGCUUAAUUAGGACGUAGUUCUCCUCAUUCUGGCUUUAAAUUAUUCGGCUAUUUAUAAGAAAGAUAUUCGCAGCACUUUAACUUUAAUAAACACAUUUUUAAUCCAAUGUGCUGGAGGAGGAUGACAGUGACUCACUAUAUUUAUUGGUGCGAUCGGAGGAUUUAGGAUGACACUAUCUAAUGGAAAUGUAAAAAAAAAGCAGAAAUGUGAACACGGCAAUAUAUUAUACAGCACGUCUAAAGAAUACCUGACAAAGGAACGAGGGGUUUAUUAGUUCUGUGUGACUCUAAUUGUGUCCCACUUCCCUACUACACAUCCACCUGUGCUAGGAGAUGUCUCUAAAAGCCAGACAGCAAAAAAAGUGUUAAAAAAGGCAAUUUUCUGCUUUUUAGGAACAUAGUGACAUCCAUGGCUCCUAUUGGCUAGCACGCUAAAGGGCGGGACAUCUCUGAGCUGGUUGACCAAUCAGAGCAGCAAAGCAGACUGGGCUCUGGAGGGAAAUAAAUGAUGCUAAUUUACACCUGAAGAUGAGCAGAAUAAGGCCUCUUUAGUAAUCUGCCAUUCAUGAUCUUAUUAUUGGGACAAAACUGUUAGCGUUGGGUGCAAACACUUCCAAAGAUCAAGUCAUUUCUGUAUCCAGGCAGGUGUUUUGUAGAUGUAUGUAGUAUGACGGUGGGACACGGGACAGACACAGGACAGAAGUGAAAUGCUGGAUUUUAGCCUUACUUCUCCUGCAGUUCACCUGAUAAAAACACCUCAUCGGCGCUCCGGACACAGCAUGUCUCUACCUUCAGUUGAAGUGCCUCUCGUUUACAUUUACUACAAACUCUGGACCUGUUUUCCUUUUGAAUGUCUCUCUCUUUUACAACUGCUGUACACUCCCGUUUUUCUAAAUCAUCUUUGGACUCUUCCUUCUCGCCGCUUUGCCAACUCUUCAGUUUCUGCCUUACAUCAAACCUUUCUCAUCCUCCUUUUUCUAACCCAACCGCUGACUCACUCUCUCUGUCACUGGUCCACGUCUCCCUCACAUCUGUGCAUAUAGACACAGUGGAGUCAUUGUGUUGACUUUAAUCUGUAUCAGGAACUAGACUGUACACACACACACACACACACACAGUUUGAGUCCAAGGGCCUAUUUUAGUCCUGCUGCUUUCAUCUUGCAACAUGUGUGACAUAACCUGGAGCUAAAGUGACCUUAAACUGACUCUGUGUUUUUCUACCGUCGAUGUUUGAAGAGUUACUGAAGUGUUUUUUCAAACUGUAAAUUAUAUAAUCGUCGGGUUUUCAGCUUUGUGAACCCCGUAAAUGUUAAAUACCCCCAGGUUUCAUGUUAGAAAUGUAUAGUAGGGGGGCUCCAGCACAUACAAACUACAGGGUGCUAAUGUGCAUAUGUUGGGCAAUAGUUAAGGAAAGCUUGCCCGAUUUGGACAAAGUCUGAGUGGUUUUGGAGGUAAUUGACGAUGCUGAGUCCAUUUCUGACAUUUCCAGGAUCCAAAGUUACUGUUUUAAUUACAGAAAGACACCAUAGUUGUACUCUCUGUGGGCUUAAGCAAUCUGACGAAUCCAACGGGUCUAGAGUGCCCUAAAUCUUCCAAAUGGACCCAGAAUUAAUCAAAAUCAGCCUCUAGAGAGGACAAAUAACGCUAUUUCUGGUUCUGAAAAUGUUUACCUGGGGAGGGAGGGUGGGGCACGGACCCUCGCACAGCUGCCCACCCCCAAACCCUCACAGGAAUCGGUAAUCGGUUAUCCCCCAAAUCCACUGCAAAAUUAUCCAAACUGUUGUCCUCAUAGGCGUUAAUGUUAAUUAAUGCUGAUUAACCUGACUGCAAAUUGCCCAACAUAUGCAGGUUAGCAUCCGGCAGUUUCUAUGUGCUGGAGACCCCUGCUACACAUUUCUCUCAUAAAACUGUGGGGUCUCAACACCUCCAGGUUCCCAACCGGCUGCAGACUAUAAUGUAGAAAAAGACCAAAACCAUGUGGCAGCGACCUCUCCGUCUGUAUGAACCUGUACCGCUUCAACCCCAACCCCUGUGAGGUCCUGUUGGGACUGAUUGUAAGAGGGAGGGGGUCCCGGUGUAUCUAUGCAGUACUCAGUCUGAGCGGACCAACCAGCCCCCCUCCUGCUGUAGAUCCAGAACCAAGAAGCUGCUCGGAGCACGGUUUCCCUUUAAUGGACUUUAAUCUAAAUGAAUUAAAAGAAUAGGCACAACGUUUUUGAUUCUCAGACGAACCCGAGUCGUUUCCUGUUUGAAAUGUUAAUUAAUAUUUAUAAUAAUGUGCUGAGCGUGCGCAGCGUGCGCUGGAGGGCAGUUCUCUGCUGGCUGUAAAUAUCCUGUUACUGUAAGCUGUUGUGAGAUACACACUGUUUGCAAAUAUGUGCAAAUUAUAUAUUUGGUAACUAAAUGAACCUGUAAAUAAAGCUUUCAUUGUUUCUAAAGGAA